UAUCAAUCGAACGCGCGCGUUCAUUGUGGUCAAACAUAAAGUUUCAUGAAACGGUCAAUGUGUUCGCCCUUAAACCCUGUAAGGAAGUCAUAAACCACUUUAGAUACAUCGAUAUCAGGCAAUUAACAUUUUUGUUUGCCGUAGUUUAUAAAUAAUAUCAUCAAAGUAAAUAAAUAUCGGAUGGUCGUAUUGUAAUAAAUCUAAUUAUGGAUAAAACAAUAACUUAAAAAAAAUACGAAAUUUAGCCUGGAUAUGAUUCAAGCCAUGUGUGGUAUUUAUGAAAUGCGUAUACUCAAGUAGUGGACUUUUAUUUCUUAAAUGUGGUUUAAAGUUUGAAUUUCGAGUAAUUGACGUGUUGCGCUGUCAGAAAAUGUGACUUUAUUAUUUCGCCUUUUUUUAUAAAACAGUUUUUGCAACUUUAAAUUUGAACUAUAAACGGAAGUUGUAAACUAAUCUUUUUUUUUGUUUCGUGCCAAAUUUAAAACUUUAUGCAAUGUUUAAAAAUAUUUGAUUGUCAAAAUUGUUUGAUGUCCUCUAUUUAGAUAAAAAAAAUGGAACGUAAAAUGCGCGUUUAUCAUAAAUCUAGUACAAAAAUGGAUUAUAAUAUAGAGAGACAGGAAUUUACUCUAGUUUAGAUUUAAAUGACCGAUAGUGAAAAGAACAUAGCAAUAUAAAAAGGCAGUCUCUGAAAAACGGCGCUUAAAUUCAAGUGGAUAUCAUUAUGGAAAAGAAUGUUAAGAAAUCUCAGACAUUGGGGCACAAAAUUAAAGCUCGAUAUAUUGUGGAUAUUGUUUUAUGGUUGGCAGUUGCAAUUCCGACGCUAUUCCUAUUUCUGCAAGGUAGACCAUAUGAGGAUGGGUUUUUCUGUGACGACAGGCGUCUUAGUUACCCAUACAAGCCUGAUACAAUAUCUACAACAGAGUUGAUCUUAGCCGGUUGUCUAACAGCAAUAGCUGUAAUAAUAUUCACAGAAGUCUUGAAUUAUCUAGAUAAGAAAUGCCGGCGACCAUGCCAGCCUGUCGAUGAAAUAACUUAUUGCAUUAAGAGUUGUGGUGUAUUCCUUGUCGGCUUUGUAAUACUGGAGCUUGUGGUAGAGGUUGUUAAAAACCAGAUGGGCAUACUCAGACCUAAUUUCUUCGCCGUUUGUAAGCCCAAGUUCAACCAGACAUUAUGCCCUGGGUAUAUAUCAGACUACACAUGUACAGGAAAUGAUUAUGGUGAAAAUACUUUGCGACAAAGCCGACAAUCGUUCCCUUCCGGUCAUUCAGCGUUCUCCAUGUACAUUGCGACAUUCUUUUGUAUAUAUAUUCAAGCACGCCUGCAAAUAAAAUUUUCCCGGAUUCUAAAGAUCUUUCUCCAAAGCGGGUUAAUAUUCUCUUCCUUACUUUGCGGCAUUGGACGUGUCACGGACAAUAAACAUCACCCAUCUGAUGUCAUAGCAGGCUUUAUAUUAGGCAUCACCGUUGCUGUAUUUGUGUGUAAAACAGCUGGACGGAACAUCUUCAAUCUUUCCUGUGAAAAUGAUAACGACCUCUCUACAAAGUCCCUAACAGAAUCACGUGAUUGUUGUUGCUAUAGUGACCAGACAUCAGAAGCGGAACCACAGACACCUUCCCCUUUACUGCCAAAUGAAUAUAUCCAACGUUUAAAUAGCGGACUAGAUACAUUGACGCCUUCACUUAAACCAGUUCCAAGUAAAAACACUCAACAAUUGUCUAUACAAGUUAAACCAAUUCGGCAUUUAGAGGAUUUUUGAGAACUUUCAUUAUUGACACUACAAGAGUGUUUGAUAUUUAUUUAAAUGCAGCUGAAUUUAAAGGUUGUAUACUCUUAGUUUAACCUUUAUAACAUUGAUUGAAUAUAUGUAAAACAUUCAAAAUGAAAUUCAAUUGUGCGACAGUUUCUUCUAUGUAAAGUAUAUUACAUUUGUGAAGAAGAUAUUGCUGUAUUAAUGAUACAAGAGAAGAAAAGAAAUAAGGAUAAACUGUGUUUUGUGUUAGAUGUAUAAAUCGCAUUUGAGUUGUGCAAUUGCAUAAACAUUACUAUACGUAUUCAUUUCUUUAGUCGCUAAAAUAUAUAGAGUCAAAUGCCAUGCAUUGUUUGUAUGCAUAUAUUUUUUAUAUGUCUAUAUUCUGUUGAUAUGUCUUUCUGAUGAAGAUCUGCAGACUUUUAGUAAAGUACUAAAUUUAUAUAGUUGAGAAAUCAUUCAAGAGUCAAAAUUCAUUUUUUACGUAAUGAUAGCUCGAAUGGUAUACAAUAUUAGGGUAUAGAAACUUAGUAUGCAUUUGAGUAGGACUCCUCGAAUAUUCGAUUAUUGAAUGCAACUUAUUCAUUGUUGAAGUCCAUGUAAUGACGUUGAUGUGUGUACAGUGUAUAUCGUUAUCACAAAAGAUAAUUAAAUAUUACAGUAAA